AUGCAAAAACUUGCUGUUCAGUUAGUAAAGAAGCAUCUUUUUAAUGGAUCAGAGAAUACAAAUAUAAUACAGUACAAAGUCCAAAAUCUUCAGCGUCGUACUUUUGUACGUACAUCAUCGAGAUCAAACAGCAAUGCCACAGCAGCUGAUCACAAAUGUGAAAAUUGCCUGAUAUGUCGUGAUAGGCAAGCAAAUACACGAUUAAUUCCCUGCGGACAUGAAUGCCUGUGUUUUAACUGCAUUAAAUUAUUUCUGAAGUAUGAUAAGAAGCGCUCUAUGUGCGGUACCAAUAUAAAUAAUUAUUCGAGAUUGCCUUGAACACUUGUGUACUGAAACAAAAUGUUCAUAAAAUUGCUGGGAAAAAAAAAAUUUUUUUUUAGGAAUAUUAACGUGUAAACCAUUUUAAGGGGAAAGUGCAGAAUCACCCACUGCUUGGCACGUUUUUAAG